AUGGAAUUGGUAAAACUCAUUUAUGGCACGUUGGCCAAAAUAUAUCCUUCCAUGUUCUUUAAAGUGGUGUGCAUAACAGUGCAGAAUUCAGAACAAGCUCAUGCACUCUCCUGCAUCACUUCUAUAGAUAACAUACCAGUCACUGUUCAAUCUAACAAGUGUGACGCUGCUCUGGGCCUCGCAGAUGGCACCAUUCCUGACUCCAGCUUCACGUCGUCGGUGUCAAACAGUACCCCAGAGGAAGCUAGACUCGAUGGCAAUGGUUCAUGGUGCUUCCUCAUGCCCCUUGACCCAAGAAAAGAGGUCACCAUCACCAUUGACCUGGGAGAAAACAGACUCGUCUCUGGCGUGCAAACGCAGGGCCCGCCUCUCAGCCUCUACAAUAAGACUUACUACUACCACAUUGGCUUCAAACUCCUCAGUUCCACUAACGCAGACGCUGAAGAAUGGGUAACCUGCUGCGACCGUGACAUGCAGUUCCUGGCUAGUGAUUCCCUGACGCAGGCCAACGUGAUCACUACCCACCCGCUGCCUUCGCUGCUGCUGGUGCGUCAUCUUCGCUUCCGCUUCAUCACAGACAUCCGCUCCAUCGGCAACAGCACCAAGUGUCUCAGACUCGAAGUGCUGGGCUGUCCUCGAGGGGGCAUUAGUUUCCAAGCACUUGCACGAUUUUCUCCACCUUCAGAUUACGGUGAGAGAUCAAAAACCGCAGGAAUUGAAUUCCCCUUUCCAAAGUAG